AUGCAGUUCCAAUACCUUGUCGCUGUGCUCAUCAUUACAGUAGUCGUGUGCUUCACUUCAGUGGGGUCACUACCGACUCUAUAUCCCUGCUGGAAUAAAGACCGGUUUAACGACACUGUUCGGAAGCCUCUAGUCAAAGAGCUCUUCUCUAAGCUUCAAUCGUACUCAUGGUCGCAGUCUUCCUGGUCGCAGUGGAAGAAAUGGUGGUGGUGGUCCAACACACCAAUGCUGAGGUACAGCUGCGAUUUGGAAUUUUAUGCUCAUCUCCAUGCCAGUCCUACAAGAUAUAAGAUUGGCAAUCUGGGAGACGUAAUAAAAGAGAGAUACGAAAUUAACGGAACUGACUUCAAUGUUAAAAAGUUGGUGAAAGAAGCUGUGGCAUCGUGGUCGUACGAUUACAAAGAGAUGCUAAGGAGGUGGAAUUUUGGUUGCAACUACUACAACAAUGGCACUAAGCAUACUAUCGCCUGUCUCUUCGUCUGA